UUUUUGGGCCCUCUGCCCAAAGCCCAACAUUUUUUUUUACAAUUAUUAAACCCUAGAAAUCGUUUUUUAUUAUAUGAACAAGAUAUAUAAGCCUUCCCUUGUCCUCCUUUUUGACAAUUCACCGUUCUUACACAUCCGAUCCAGGUACGUCACCGUAUUCAUUCUUUGCUGCUUCAAUUUACACCUUAUCAAGUAAUAAUGUCAAGUAUUGUUUCAGCAUACAGACAUAAUGCACAAAUUUAGAUGAUUUUAUCUAUCGUAAAUUAUUUUUAGAUCUAUUACAAACCACCAUCAAGACUCCGGAUUAAAGGUUGCAACUUUACAGUUUUUAUGUGUGUUCUCCUUAGUUGAUGUUUGCGCUUGAACGAUUGACCUAUGGUAUUGGAGUUGUAAAACCUGUUUUGAUUUCUUUAACUUACAUGAAAGAUCUGUUUUUAAAUAAUCUGGAAAAUUGAUCUUAUCAUUUAUUUUGUGUUUCUUUAUUUCUUUUGCUUUUUCUUGCAAUCGUGUCGAUAUCUUAUUUGGUUUCAUGUAUUUUAUUAGUAUGGUUGGUCGCAUGUGGUGUAAUAAUUUGCAGCUUGUUCUUCUCUCUCAGCUGAGUGAAUGUGAUGUAAAUUAGUAUUUUCGCUGUAUUUGUUUCAUGGAUAAGCUUCUCACCGAGAGCAGUAGUACUUCUGAAGAAGGCAUUUAAACAAGAAUCUAAUCUCUUCAAGAUAAAAAAUGGUUUCUUUUCAUAUGAACAAGAAUCUAUUAUAUUUAGAAUAGAGCUGGUCAUUUUAUGUGUUUUUACAUGCUAAGCAGACAUUAUAAUGAAUAUAUUUAUCUCAAAUGAAUUCCCUUUUAAGUAUUAAGACGUAAAUAUCUGAUUGCGUUUUUGUUUUCAAGUGAUUUUUUCGAGACCAUGAGUUUAUUUAGUUGUUGAACGUUUAUGUAUUUUUUUCUUACCUGCAGUAUGGCUGGACUGGCACCUGAAGCUUCUCAAUUUGAUGCCCGUCAAUAUGAUGCUAAAAUGACUGAGUUGCAAGCUGAUGGACAAGAUUUCUUUACAUCUUACGAUGAGGUUUAUGACAGCUUUGACUCUAUGAAUUUGCAAGAAAACCUGCUAAGAGGCAUCUAUGCUUAUGGUUUUGAGAAGCCCUCUGCAAUCCAGCAACGCGGUAUUGUGCCUUUUUGCAAAGGUCUAGAUGUCAUUCAACAAGCACAAUCCGGAACCGGAAAGACUGCAACUUUCUGCUCAGGGAUCCUCCAGCAACUGGAUUACACCCUAGUCGACUGUCAGGCACUUGUCCUUGCACCCACACGUGAACUUGCCCAACAAAUUGAGAAGGUCAUGAGGGCGCUUGGAGACUACCUUGGUGUGAAAGUUCAUGCAUGUGUUGGUGGGACCAGUGUACGUGAAGACCAACGGAUUCUUCAAAGUGGCGUUCAUGUAGUGGUGGGCACACCAGGACGUGUGUUUGAUAUGUUGCGCAGACAGUCCCUUCGCCCUGACCACAUUAAGAUGUUUGUUUUGGACGAAGCUGAUGAAAUGCUGUCUAGAGGUUUUAAAGAUCAGAUCUAUGAUAUUUUCCAGCUGUUACCACCAAAGAUCCAGGUCGGUGUUUUCUCUGCCACAAUGCCACCAGAGGCACUCGAAAUCACCAGGAAGUUCAUGAACAAACCAGUCAGGAUUCUUGUGAAGCGUGAUGAACUUACCCUUGAAGGCAUCAAGCAGUUCUAUGUCAAUGUUGACAAGGAGGAAUGGAAGCUAGAAACACUCUGUGAUCUUUAUGAGACAUUGGCUAUUACCCAAAGUGUCAUUUUUGUCAACACAAGGCGGAAGGUUGACUGGUUGACUGACAAGAUGCGUGGCCGGGACCACACAGUGUCUGCCACCCAUGGUGACAUGGACCAGAACACUAGAGACAUCAUCAUGAGGGAGUUCCGAUCCGGUUCUUCUCGUGUCCUAAUCACCACUGAUCUGUUGGCCCGAGGUAUUGAUGUUCAACAGGUGUCACUUGUGAUAAACUUUGACCUUCCGACUCAGCCCGAGAAUUAUCUCCAUAGGAUUGGGCGUAGUGGCCGGUUCGGGCGGAAGGGUGUUGCCAUCAACUUUGUGACUAAAGAAGAUGAGAGAAUGCUUGGUGACAUACAGAAGUUCUAUAAUGUUACUGUAGAGGAGCUGCCUGCAAAUGUUGCAGAUCUUCUCUGACGCGCUGGAGAAGUCUAAUGUUUCCCCUAUUCCUUUCACAUGGAGUUAGGUUGAUAUAUUAUUUAUUUUAGGCUCUUUUUCAUGUGUAGUACAAAAAGGAGAGUCCGAUUUCCUUUCCAAUUUGGUCAUUGUUGAUGAAAAUCGCUACUGUUGCAAAUUUUGUUUGCCUCUUAUUUUUAUUUUUCUUUUCUUUUCUUAAAUAUCCGAAACAACUGCAGUAACGAGUGUUGUUUACAUAUAUGAUGACUUGAAUAGUAUUUAUUUUAUCUUCCUGCUUAGUUUAUCUUACAUUUGUGCUAGUAAUUAUUUAUUCUUGGGCCGUGCGUGCUUCUAAUGCAGUCAUGCGGCUACUGGUCGUCUGAUUGUAAUGAAAAGUGCUGUUUGCACUGACCCUACGU